AUGCAGUUUACUGACGCGGAAGCCGCUGACGUGAAGAAAUGGGUGGUCAAAAAAUUGGAGGACAUCUCUGAUGCCGACUCUGAUGUGCUCGCAGACUACGUUUUGGCGCUAGUUAGGUCUGAUGCGCCAGCCGACGAAAUCAAGAAGGUCUCGGUGGAAAACCUAGAUGAUUUCCUGCGCGAACACACACAACCAUUCGUCAACGAGCUCUUUGCAACCUUCGGUCCCAAAGAACCUGCGCCUCCCCCCGCACCUGUACCCCAGCCUCUGCGCCAGCCCCAACCCGCUGCCCACAUUCCCUCGUCACAACCUCCUGAGAAUGCUCCCAGCGGCCCGAGGGCUGCUGUCGCUCCCGGAAGUGCCAACCGCAAACGAACUUUUAAUGAGGGAUUCCAAGGGGAGCCGGAACACGAUGAUGGUGGUUUCCAGAAUCGCGCUAUGAAGACUGCUCGACGCGGCGCGCGCGGAGGUGGUCGUGGUGACUUCAUUGGUGGGCAUCAGAUGCAACAGGGCCAACAAUUUCCCCCACAGCAGCAGGGUCAAAUGUUCGCCCCGCAACAGCCCGGUGGCUUCCCCAUGAUGCCUGGUUUCCCGCCGUUCGACCCGAACGAUCCCAUGGCAGCAAUGAUGGCUAUGCAGAGUAUGGGAUUCCCGCAGAUGCCGGGAAUGCCUAUGCCCGGGAUGCCCGGUCCUCCCGGUCAGCCAGGAGCCGAUCAGAUUCCACAAAGCAGCCAGCGAUGUCCGUUCUAUGAUACCCAAGGAAUCUGUUACCUAGGAAAUACCUGUCCCUACCAACACGGCGAGGGAGGUGUCUCGAAAGACGAUGAAUAUGACCCCAAGACUGCGGGUAUGAAUGCGCAGCGGGGCGGUGCUCCCACACGCGGUGACCGUGGCCGCGGCCGUGGUCGUGGCGGAUUCAGUGGGCGAGGACGCGGCCGGUCCGAUUUCUCAUCGGCAGGACCCAAUGAGGACCAGUCUGUUACGACUAUUGUUGUUGAGCAGAUUCCUGACGACAAGUUCAACGAGGAUUCUGUGCGCGAAUUCUUCUCUGAGUUUGGUAACAUUACCGAUGUCUCUUUGCAACCCUACAAAAAGAUCGCUCUGGUAAAAUACGAGACUUUCCCCGAAGCCAAGGCCGCAUGGUCCAGUCCCAAGGUCAUCUUCGACAACCGUUUCGUGAAGGUUUACUGGUACAAACCGAAUCGCGAGGAAAAGCCUGAAAGCGCACAGCCCGAGGCACCCGCCUUCAACCAAGAAGAGUUCGAGAAGCAACAACAAGAAGCACAGAGGGCGCACGAGGAGAAAAUGAAAAAGCGACAGGAGACUGAAGCCGCCAAGCAGGCUCUAGAGCGCCAGCGCGAUGAACUUCUCAAGAAGCAGCAGGAGGAGCGGGCCCGCCUCAUGCAGCGACUCGGUGCCACAGCAGACACAAGCGAUGCCGCCGGUACUGGGGAUGCCAUGGUCACCGAGCCUGCCGCCGAUGAGAAUAUCAGUGAUGAGACAAAACAGCUGCGAGCUCAACUCGCUGCCCUCGAGGCCGAGGCAAAGAGCCUUGGCCUAGACCCUGCGGCUGACCCUUCAGGACGGGGUGGAUACCGUGGUCGUGGUGGCUUCCGUGGCCGAGGCACAUACCGUGGACGCGGCGCUUAUGACCCCAAUUUCCGCGGAGGAUACCGUGGGCGUGGUGGGUUUGCGGCUCGGGGACGAGGAGGUGUUCUGCGUCUGGAUAACCGGCCUCGACGAGUCGCCGUAUCGGGCGUCGAGCUCAACUCAGACAAGGACGAAGCAUUGCGUCAGCACCUGAUGGGCGUUGGCGAAUACGAAUCCAUUGAGGCACACCCAGACCAGCCCAACUCCGUCGUGCUCACCUGGGUGGCCAACCCUCCCAUUGUCCUUCCUACCGCUGGAUCAUCAACGGAAUUCAAGGGUGGCCUUGGACAGGACGAACCAGAAGACACAGUCAUGUCGUCCACGUCGGUGGGCAACACCGCUCCUGCGCGGGAUAUGGACUAUGACGUUGCGGAGGAUGACAGCUGGGGCGCGUAA